AGACGCACACACACACACGCAGACACACACGCAUACACACUCUGAGCUUCUUUUUUUUUUUUUUUUUUUUUUUCCCCUCAGCAAUAUCGUGUCUUCUCUAACGGGACAAGUUUAACUCUGUUGGAUACCGCCGUCCUUUCGGCCCAUCCAAUGUGAACAUCUAAACCCAGACUGAGGUCGUCUACUGGUGAUGAAAGGAUGAUGAUGAGGAUAAAGGGAGGAGGCCAUAGCCGAAGGUGUAGACCUCGCUAGAAUCCUACCUUCCCAGCAACUCCCCCCCCCGCUCCACCAUCACUAUCCUCAUCAUCCGCCGCUCCCGCUGCUAUCCAUCUCACCCGGCGGCAUGGCCAACCACCUGGAGCUGAUCCAGGAGCUGCAGCAGCUGGACAAGGUGCCCAGUCUGGAGAGGCUGCGGGCGGCUCAGAAGCGCCGUGCCCAGCAGCUGAAGAGGUGGGCCGUGUACGAGAAGGAGAUGCAGAACAAGAAGAGGAAGGCCGACAAGAAGAGUCGUAAUUUAAACAGCCUUCAACAGUCGGAGUCCAAGAGACGGGUGUCCUUCGCUGCUAGCGUGGCUCUUCUGGAGGCUUCCGCCAGGAACGAUCCCGAUGAAGUUCGCUACCUACUGAGGAACAAUGUGAGUCCAGAUCUCUGUAACGAAGACGGCCUCACUGCUCUGCAUCAGUGUUGUAUAGACAACUAUGAGGAGAUGGUGAAGCUGCUGUUGGACCGUGGAGCAAACGUUAACGCUCAGGACAACGAACUGUGGACGCCGCUGCAUGCUGCUGCGACCUGUGGCCACGCAGGACUUGUCAAAAUACUCAUCGCACAUGGUGCAGAUCUUCUGGCAGUCAACUCAGAUGGUAACAUGCCCUAUGACCUGUGUGAGGACGACCCGACACUGGACAUCAUAGAGACGGCCAUGGCCAACAGAGGCAUCACUCAAGAGAUGAUCAAUGAGACACGGGCAUCCACAGAGAGGAAGAUGAUGGGAGACAUCCAGGACAUAAUGAGAGUAGGAGACGAGAUCAACCAACAGGACUCUCAGGGAGCCACGCUGCUCCACAUCGCAGCAGCAAACGGCUACGGUCAGGCUGCAGAGCUGCUGCUGCUGGAGGCGGGGGCUCGAGUGGACCUGAGGGACUCUGAUGGAUGGCAGCCUCUUCAUGCGGCAGCGUGCUGGGGUCAGAUGCAUGUGGCAGAGCUGCUGGUGUCACAAGGAGCAAGUCUCAGUGCUAAGACCUUCCUAGAGGAGACGCCCAUCGAUCUGUGUGAGGAUGAGGAGUUCAGAGCCAUCCUGCUGGACCUGAAACACAAGCAUGACACCAUCAUGAAGUCUCAGCUCAAACACAAGACCUCACUGUGCAGGAGAACUUCCAGUGCAGGCAGUCGUGGAAAAGUGGUGCGGCGAGCUAGUUUGUCAGACAGACACAACUUGUGUCGCAAGGAGUAUGAAACUGAGGCCAUCGUGUGGAGGGGAGGAAGAGAGGAGAAGGAGAAAGAGUCUGAUCAGGAGAAUAAUCAGGUGAAGCCUGUCGUAGCUGUGGAGCUGCCAGACAAGCCCAAGACACCCACCGUCCUCAAAGAUGGUAGUGGCAAACAGAAUGGCAUCAUCACAACCACGACGUCCAUGCCACCUCAACCGCCCUCCAAUGGCAGCACACCGACGCCCUGUAAGGACGCAGUCGUCACUUCCCUGCCUUCACAGGAGGACGUUACGCCGAGGGAGCGCCCUCAGACAUUGUCGGAGUUAAAGAAGCAGAGGGCAGCAGCCAAACUGUUGAAUCAUCCUUUGUUCAACGGCCACCUCGGCAACGGCUCCACAGACUCCUUCUCUGAUGCCAAAUUUUACUCUGAGGACCCUCGGAUGCCACUGGUCUCUUCCAAUGGCAACGCAGUUUACUACACGCCAGCCAGUGGCGAUCCUCCCCUCCUCAAAUUCAAACAGCCCUUGGAGGAGGAGCAGCCGAAGGCGCGGACCUGCUGCUGCGUGUCGUAACCUCUUGAACAUGGGCCUGUUGUCAAAACUGAAAAAGUACAGAGGAAAGGAGGAGAGGAAGAAAGAAAACAAAGAGUAAUCCUGUUUUUGACAUCCUGUUCUCUGUCCACCUUAAACUCAGUCCAGAAAAGGCGCACUUCCAUUCUGUGCGAGUUCUCUUGCGGUCAGAGAGAUCCUGCUCAAAGCAGGAAAAGAGCAGAAUCGAGUUGUUUGGAUGAAGUUUAGAGGUACAGGAGAAACUGGUUCAAUGGGGCUGAGUACAUUGGUAGAUUCACUGAAAUUGGGCAUUUGUUUUGAAAUCAUGUCAGAAAUCUUGAUGCAGUGGAGUAGAGAAAUACCCCAACAUGAUGCAUGUUCCGCCCUCAAACUGAGCUGGAAACAGCCCCUUUUUGUUGUAUUUUUCCAGCAAACUGGUUGCUAUCAAGUCAAUAAACAUUUUCAUGCAGGACAAAGUCACAGUUCAGCUGCAUCACUGUAUUUUUUGUCAUUUCUGAAUGUGCAGGAACACCAUGCUGGAGGGUUAAAGGAAGAUUGUUGAGGAAAAGCUAAACGUAGCAUGACGUCUUUAAGUCUCUUUGCAUUUAAACUGUAAAAGGGAAUAAAUACCAGAAAACAGUGUUAACUAAUGGAAAAAGUGUUCUUCACAAUGGAUAACAAAUGUAAAUCACCUGCACUGUUUGAAAAUGUCAAAAUAACAUGUUGGCUACAUUUCACCGUCCUCUUAUAUGAUCCCUUAACUGACAGGCCAUGCUGUGUAUUUUCUAUAAUCCACUUUGUGCUCACCCCCAUAGAUAAUUUAAGAAAACUUGGUUGCUGUACAUUUCCUUAUUUAUGAGAUUAAUGUGAAAAACAUUAUAGCUCUUUAAAGUUGAGUGUAUUUAUUAUUUGGAUAUGUGGAGAGUGUGAAUGCAGUAUGAGAUGAGCACCUUUUUACAUGGAAAGAAAAAAAUUAAUCAGAUGAUGAAGAGACAUAAGUUAAUGUCCGACGUCUGUAUGUGUUGUUAAAUACAAACUUGUCUCGUUAGGGUGGGGUUCUGUUUGUGUCUCAACGAAUAACAGUGUUAUUUGUUUUUUAUCUUUUUUUUUUUCUGGCAGCCAUUGUGUGGCUCCUCUGUCUGCCAGUUACUGUAUUUUUAUUAGAGAUUGUUGUGAAUUACUGUAAGAGUUUUCAAAAGCCAAUGCUGUCAUUAGAACUCCCUAUAAUGGCUCAAAUUCAAAAUUCUAGUUAAAAUAAGACAUGCAAGUAAAGGAAUAGUGCAACAUUUUUGGAAAUACAGUCCUUGCCGUUCUCCACAUAACAAGCAAGUAUCCAUCCAUCAGAUGGUACAUGAAUAUGUUUUUAAUUGCCAUAAUUGAUGCCAAAUUUCCUUUAUGUAAUUUAUUUGUAUAUGGUUCAAUUUCUGUCAACAUGAUGGCAAUGUCACAGAUGCUGGUCAUUUCACCUCUUUUCCAUUUUUCACCUUUAUAACCUUCAUUGUUUUGUACCUGAAUUUUCAGAUUCAAAAUAAAGCAGAUGUCUAUCAUUUUUAUUCCACGCCUUCCUGCUAGCGGGACGUUCCAAAAGAUUAAACUGAUGAAAUGAAAUUAUACAUUUAUCUAUAAUGUUUUCAGAAAAUAAAAAGUAUUUUUCAGUUUACUUUUAUAAUUCAUAAAAACAGUACAGAGGAAUGGAGGAGAGGAAGAAAGAAAACAAAGAGUAAUUCUGUUUUUGACAUCCUGUUCAAUACAUAAACUAAUGUGUAUUGGUUUAGGUAUAUGGGUUUGAAAAAGUUGCCAACACAACAAUAAAAAGCUGUUGAAAUUCACCCCUAGCUCACUACCACAGUAACUUUACAUUAGUGAGGGGUUAACAUUGCCAGAAAUGGCCAAAGUGAACUACCCAAACUAAUUGAGUCCUUUUGCAGUUCUUGAAUGUGCAAAAUAGAAAAAGGCUGGAUCCCAAAUUAUGCCACUCCUCUCUGCCCAUCUAUUUGCCAAAAACCGUCAUUGUUGCUGUUGAGAUGUGGUUUACUUUUUAUGACCCACUUCAGAUUCACAAUAAACUUAAAAAUAGUAUCACACUUCUUAUUUACUUCUCAGAAUCUGUAUUUCCAAACAUGCUUAACUAAUACCUUUUGAUUUCCUACAGCCUCUCUGUUUCAAUUGUGCCAAAGACUCUUUGAUGAGUUGAAAACAAAAUGCAUUAAGGUUUGGAGAGUUAGAUUAGUUUGUCUUUCAUAUCCACCUGUUUUUUAGUAAGUUUAUCCAUUAUGCUCUUUUGUUUUCCCAUUAUAAUUACUUGUACAGUGUUCUAUAAGUGUACAGAGGAGUGCGUAAAUAUGUUUGUGUCAGUGUUCCUGGAUCUGUUUUCAUGGCUUGCCUUUACAUGUCUGUGUUGUUGCUGUUGGGGAACUGAUACAGUCACCUGUCUUAAUAAACAAUGUCUGCACAUUCAUGGUUGGAAUGCAGAAAACAUUCUAGCUCCCUUUUUAAGUCAUCUAGUAAUUAUAAUUCGGUUGCAUGCACCUAGUUGGCCCUCAAUCCUGAGAUCAAUUUCUUUGCAUGAUCAAAAAUGUUGAAUUCUUUUAGGCCUGUAGCUUGUUUGUUUUUUUUUCUUUUACAAAAAAAACAGAGUCAAUCUGAAUCAUUUUUCUGAUUCAACAAAGCUUCCUUUUUUAAAAGUAAAAAAAAAAGAUUUUUACAAAAGUAUUUUUUUUUAUUUUGUUUUUAGUGACUGUAGAUUUAAUAUUAUUGCCUACACCUGAAAUACAAUGACACUUGAGCUUCUCCAAACUGUUAAACUGAGUACACAUAUGAUUUUUUUAAAAACUCAGUCUGAGUUUUGACUUUAUAAAGCAUUAUAAGAAGAAAGGGGUCAGAAUCUGUUAAACUUGCCAUGAACUAAUGCUUGUUCUUUCCUGCAAUCCCUGUUGUCUUUAAGGAUGAAAUGAUGAACAAAAACUACUGAUUUGUAAUUACUGGAAUAUAUUGAUGGCUGCAUUAACAUAUUUUGAAUAAAUUGUAUAUUUUGAGAAUUUUAAA